GUGACAGUCCCUGUAACCCUCCGUAUAACGUACGCGAUUGCUACUAUGCUUAUGCCAUCACGCUGAGAGGGGCACGGUCUGGCGCACUUGAAGCGACUUCUUGGAAGAUCCGGUUCUCCCCUGUGGUCCCUUUUGCGCUCUCGAUCAGGCCCGCCUGUCGUUGGGAGUUGUUCAAGUUGUUCUCGAGGGAACAGUUUGGCCGAGCUAUGGAAACCCGAGGUGCCUUCCUUAGCCUGGCGCUUCCCACCGGCCAGAUUGAUCUAGCCGUAUAUAUUGUUGCUCUUCUCUAAGCACAAUGGAUCCUCUUGCAAUGUCUGUUCUCGCUGGUUCGCCGAGGGGUGUCUGGUCACGUCUUGCCAGUCCCAAAUCUUUCCAUCUUUGCUACGGGCUUAUACUUGCGAUCCCCUUUACCACGUGUUUGCGCAACUGAUCUUCGAACAGUCAAGCGAACAGCCGGCUGGAUCAACAUAAGGCAUCUACUUGACGGGACCGAUCCUGUGGCCUCGCGAAAGAGGCCACUUCUGGCCGAGACUCCCUGCUCUCUCGGCCGUAAGUGCUCGGUCACUGGCAAGGGGUGCCUAACACCAGGCUCGCUUCGCAUACCUUUUCCGGUUGGUUCACAUGCCUACGGUUGUUUGAUUGUUGCAACACCGUUGCUGUUCCCAUCAUUACGUCCUUAACAAGAUCACAGCGCGGACAGAUUGAUUCAUGAACUCCGGGGACGUUAGUCCCUGUCGCGGCCUCAUAAAAGUCAAGUCGCGAGGCUUGGGAAGGAAGGGUUCAUUUCUCGUUAUUAUCGCGAAACCCGGGAAGUCUGGUGUAUACUGACUGUCCAGGCAGACUUGGUACGACUUGAAACGGCCUCCGACGUUGUUUGGAGGAGCAAUCGACUCGGCAAUGGCAGAAAGCAGAGAAAAACAGCUUACAUCUCCUCAUUACAACAACUGGCCGAAUGUGUUGGGUUUUGAUACCCACUACGAAGAAAGGGCCACAGUUGAGCUUCGGGUAGAAGGCACGAUACCUCCCUACGCUAGCGGCACCCUCUUCAGAACCGGCAUAGGGCCUCGAUCAAUCAACACAUCCCACGGGAACUCGUUUAUGGUCAACCACUGGUUUGACGGUUUCUCUCAAAUACACCGCUUUCAGAUCCAUGCGCCUCAGGCUGAUGGACCUGUUCGGGUAACCUACAGUUCGCGCCUGACAAGUGAUGGCUUGAUAGAAAAAAUCAAGAAGACUGGGAAACUAGACGGUUUCACAUUUGCUGCGAAAUAUGACCCUUGCAAGUCAUUCUUCCGAAAAGUCCAAUCUGUCUUCCAUCCGGCUGAAGAACGAAAGCCCAAUGAACUCAACGUUGGGGUCACCCUUUCAGCCAAUUUCCCUGGACUGUCCAAAACUGGCCAGAGACUGGCUGGGCCCCAUAAGACUGAGGGAGGAACUACAUUAUGCCAAAAGACAGACGCCACCAUGAUGCAAAUGCUUGACCCUGAAAGCCUCGAACCCGUUGGAAUUGCCUAUCAAACGACACUGCAUCCAGAGCUCAAAGGGCUAGGCAGCGCUGCUCACGCAAAAUCGGAUCCCAAGACUGGAGACGUCUUCAACUACAACCUCGAUUUUGGCCGCACUGGCACAUAUCGGAUAUUCCGCGUCUCCGCAUCCUCUGGUCAGACUUCUAUUCUGGCUAAAUUCCAUCACUCCGCAGCGUACCUGCAUUCUUUGUUCUUGACUGAAAAUUAUGUGGUACUAUGCGUGUGGAACUCGUUCUACAAGGCUGGGGGUGCCUCUAUCUUGUGGCAUCACAAUCUGCUGGACGCCAUGGGCUGGGAUAACAGACACCCGGCAAUGUGGUUCGUGGUUGACAAGCGCCCACCAGAAGAAGGUGGCAGAGGUCUUAUUGCGCGAUACGCGUCAGAGGCCUUCUACGCCUUUCACUCAAUCAACGCAUACGAAGAACCUUCGCAAGCUACCAAGGGAGCAGUGGACAUUGUUGCCGACCUGGCUGCUUACGAUAAUAUGGAUGUGUUGGGGCGUUUCUAUUUGAAGAACCUGGUCAGCGAUUCGGCCAAGGCACCCAUCUACCUUGACUCGCAUGGGUCAAGCAUCCGGCCGAGUUAUCGCAGGUAUCGACUGCCGUCGUUGCCCGAGACGCCGACGACUAUCGUCGAGAAAGCUACCAUGGAGCAUGAUGGAAGCAAGCAGGAUGGCUUCGAACUUCCCGUCAUCAAUCCUAAUAUGGUAACGAAACACCACCGGUACAUGUACGGCGUUUCCGAUACAGGAAAAUCCAGUUUUCUUGAUGGACUGGUGAAGUACGAUGCCCACACACAUUCGGUCUUGCGUUGGAGUCGACAUGGCCACACGGCUGGUGAGCCAAUCUUCGUACCCGACCCACAAUCUGAUGAAGAGGACGGUGGUGUGCUUCUGUCCGUUGUACUGGAUGGACCAGGCGGGAAAAGCUAUCUCCUGGUCCUAGACGCAAAAACCAUGGCGGAGCUCGGACAGGCGCAUGUGGACGGCGUUGUCGGCUUUGGGUUUCAUGGGCUUUUCCUCAAUCAAUCACAAUCUGGAGGACGGAUAAAUGGUCUUCAUCUGUGAUGGAACCUGCUUUGUGGCAUAGACCACCACAAUUGGGGCACCAUUCUGGUAGACAGGGACAAUGAAUGAUGACGUACCAGCUACAGUGGCUAAGCUAGGACCAUUCGCAGUACCAGUACGGCUUAUGGCACACAGUGCAGCUACCAUAAUACUGUACUGUGUACUGCCAGUGCUCUCCUAUCUCAGGAAUCCAGGCAUGUCAUGUGGCCUCUUCAUCUCGAUGGUGGCAUGGUUUCUUCUGUUACCAGGUAGUUACAGCACCGGAUGGAGGCAGGUCAAUCAAUGCCACAAAGCACCUGGCCGUUUUAUUGAACUUAACGCGAGUUCACGAUAUUGACGUCAUAAAAGGCUGGCAGCUUCAGAUUUGGGCUAGAAUAAACGGGCGCUAACUCCUGGACCAUUCA